AAUAGCGCUCGUUUUGGAAGUUUUGUUCAUCAGCUGACUUUCGGUAAAGAUGGUGACCUGCGCUGUUAACUGAUAACAUGUAGUAUUUAGUACUUUGCUUUCCGCAUAAUAACUGUGAAAGACGAACUGUUUAAUGAAAGUUGAUACUAAUAUUGGGUUCACCCAACUUCCUGAAAUUCUGUGCAGUUAAAUAUUUAAUCUUCGUGACAAAACUGUAUUGCAUUUGUCCCAACCAUGAUAAGCUUAGGAGCUUACGAAUAUAAUCCAGCAGACGUUCUGGGUAAUGGGGCAUUCGCCAUUGUGUAUAAAGGAAGAGUUAGAAACAAUCCAGAUGAACUCGUUGCAAUAAAAAUUAUGUUGAAAGACCAGAAUGUCUUAAAAUCAAAGACGCUUCUUAGCAAGGAAAUAUGUGUUCUGAAGGACCUAAAUCAUGAAAACAUUGUACGACUUUAUGAUCAUAGCGUAUCUAGCAAUGGAGUAUAUUUAGUGAUGGAGUAUUGUAAUGGUGGUGAUCUCUCUGAAUAUCUACAAGCCAAGCGCACCUUACCGGAAGAUACAAUCCGUCACUUUCUGAUACAAAUCGGUUCAGCUAUGGACGCUAUGAACAGGAAAGGUUUCAUGCACAGAGAUUUAAAACCGGGUAAUAUCUUGCUCAGUCACUGCAGGGACUGUGGUAAACAUGUUACAGCCAUUCCUGGUUACCUUCUCUCCUUCAAGCUAGCUGACUUCGGAUUCGCAAGGUUCUUACAAGAUGGAAUGAUGGCGGUGACGAUGUGUGGAUCACCAAUGUACAUGGCUCCUGAAGUGUUGAUGUGUCGUAAAUAUGAUGCAGUUGCAGAUAUAUGGAGUAUGGGUAUUAUUGUUUACCAGUGUUUAACUGGUAAAGCCCCGUUUUAUGCUAAUACACCGGAGGCAUUGAAAAAUAUUUACGAGAAGACAGCUUGUCUUAGACCAAAAAUUCCUGUCACAACUAGCAAAGCACUACAAGAUUUACUGUUGAAAAUGCUUAAUCGUAAACCAUCAGAAAGAAUUGAUUUUCAGAGUUUUCUCAACCAUCGAUUUCUGCAUCAACGUCAUAUUGAACCUAGAGGACGAAGAGCUGGUUCUGGUCCAGAAUCGUCGACACCACGAUCAUCGUCUAUUGCGCCUACACUGCCUAGUCGUAAUCGACCACCAGUACGUGGUUCUGGAAUUACAGUCCUCGGUCAUGGCACUGGUGAUGGUCCGUAUUAUUUAACUCCACAAGAUGCUAAUCGUGCAAGGGAUAAAACACCACAAGGCAAACCGUCAGCUAACAACAGUACUAAUGAUAAUCGUGAAUGGAACAAUCCAUCGAAUUGGAAUACAAAUACUACACCUGUAAAAUCACAGUUAAGAAAAACUUCAUCUCCAUCAACCCCAACUGAUUUUGAUGCGUAUUAUUCAUCACAUCAAACUGGAGGUCAUAAUCUACCACCAGUGCCGCCUAACUAUCCUGAUGAUAAUGACGAUGUUGAUGUCGAUGUUGACGGUGAUGACGGGGGUAAUGUUGGCUAUGGUUUAGAUGAUAUUGACGAUGAAAUGACUAAAACAACUGUGGAUGAAUAUAUUGAAGAUGAUUUAGACGCGUCAAGUUCAUCACCACCAAAUGAUCAUAAUAAUAUUAAUAAUAUUAAUAAUCUACCUAGAAUGAUACCAACAUCUUCAAUGAAACCACAUGAUCCUCAGCCUCAUCUUCAUCAACGUUCUAGUCCUAAUCAACAGCAGUAUGCAUCGAAUAAUUAUCGACAUAGUGGAGGUGUUAUAGAUCCUCAUCAUUAUCAACAACAGCAACCGCAGCAGCACCACCAACAACAGCAGCCACAACAGCAACACCAAAGACAAACUGCCUAUAGAGGUUGUUCUAGACUGGAUCAACGUGGUGUAUUUAUGAAUACAGCAGAGAUGGAAUAUGGUGAGCCACCGUUUGAAGAUUAUGUUAUUGUUAAUUCAGAUGGUUCAGAAGUACAACGUGUUGAUCGUGAACGAUUCCGUCAACAACAACAACAAGGCCAUUUAAUGAAUGAUCAUCCAGGAUCACAGAUAAGUAAUAUCAGUAGAAUUGUUCGAAAUCCAGCAUCGUAUCUUACAAAUACUACCAAUGUUCAAAGAAGAGGUAUACCAGAUAUGGGACCACUUCCAGAUGUAACUGCUGGUACAACUGUAACUGAUGCACGAUAUCGUCAAGGCACAGAUGACAGUCAUAAUAACACGUGUGAAAUUCCUUCAAACAUGGGCAAUAUUAAUAAUAGCAGUAAUAAAUUAGCAGACAGAUAUCAUCAUCCGGCACCAAUGGAUUCUCGUUGUUCUCCUACCAAUCAUAAAUAUGCCACUCGGCCUAUAUCAGAACCGAUAAGAGGAUCAAAUGAUUAUGGAAAAGAGAAGUUUCUUGGAGGUCAAAUCACUGAAGGACACUUCGCUGGGAUCUCACAACCUCCUGUUUUGGAACCUAAAAUAUCCUAUAUGGAACCUGUGAUAAGUAAUGUCACUCUUGGUACAACUGGAGCUCCACUACGUCAACUUAAUUAUCAGGCUAAUGCUAGACAACAACUGGUUCAUCAUCCAUCAGGUUUUCAGGCUAUGACUACUGUUCAAGGCGGAGAUGUUGUCUAUCCUGUUGUCAAUAAUCCUAAUUUUGCUACCGGUAGAAAUUUCGAAAAUGACUUCACGUCUGGUGGUGGUGGCUUAUGGGAAGCUGCUGAAUUCUCAGAUGAAAUUUUAAUGGAGCCUGAACACAAUGAAGAAAUUAAAAAGAUAACAAUGGUGUUAGAAUUAUGCGAAUUACUAGCUGAAUUAGCUGAACGUCGAGCAUCAGCACUAGCCGACUGUACGCCAACGCGUGUUGUCACUACUACUCCUACUACUACUCCAACCACUGAAGACGGGACUGCUACUACUCCUACUAACAUAGAUCCUUCUAAUCAUGAAUCCAUACCAAUGAAUUCAGAUAAUCUACAAGAGGAUAAAUCAUCGAUAAAUGGAAGAUCUGAAGGCAACAACAAUCCCUGUCUUGAUGGUGAGCAUACUGGUGACAAUGGACAGUCAGAAAUGAAUAAAACGUCAACUGCACUUAAAUUUGUUUCUGAAGCUCAAAGAAUUGUUGAACAAAUUGUACUCUAUCGACGAGUUCUUUACUAUUUGGAGUAUGUAUUUGAUCAAGUGAAAAAAGCUUUUCAAAAUGGUCGAUUAAAAUCCACGGCGACUGCACGAAGACGUUUGAUCGACUGUAAUACCCUGUAUCAUCGUUGUUAUAUACGAUUACGACAAUUGGCUAGACAAUCGCAUCGUGAAGAUCUGAUUGAACCAGUUGGUAGACUUUUAGCGAAUAUUACCGCCAAUCGUCUUAUCUUUCAGUAUGCAUUGGAUCAGUGUUAUGCCGCUGAAAUGGAUGAAUAUAUUGGUGAAAUUGCAUUGUCUCUUCAAAGAUACAAAGCUGGCAUCACCCUGAUCCAUGGUCUAUGUCAACAUGCUAAAUCACAAAGAGAUAAAACCCUAUUGGCUGAUUGUAUGCGCCUGUUAAGAGAUCGUUAUGCUUGUUUAUGGUCAACUGCUACAAAACCGAAUCCACAAACUGAUAGAACACCAACCUUAUGUCCAAAUAAUCCUACAAAUCUCCUAAUUCCUGACGCUGUUGCUGCUGCUGGUGGUAUGCCUAAUCGUUGUUUCAAUGAAUCACCUGGAACAGUCAAUUUUGGUAUAUCUGGUGGUGCAGCAACUAUGACUAAUGGUGGCACACCAAUGCCGGCAUCACCUUUACGCUGAUGUUAUUAUUAUUACUAUUAUUAUUCCUCACAGUACAUUGUAUAAUUUCGUGGUAUAUUUCAUUUUCGUUCAGAGUCUCUAAUUUAGUGGUGUUUUGCUUUUGUGUUUUUUUUUCAACACUUUCAUCUCGCUUUGUCUUAUUCCAUCCUUGCAUAUUUGCAUAGUAGAAAG